AUGAUGAAAGGCAUCAAGUUUAUGUCAAAUGAAGCUCUUUUGAAGGAAAUUGGAAUGUUGAACCCAAUGCCUGGACGGGUGGCAUCAGCCACCAGAUCACUGAAUCCACUUGUAGUUGGCAUUAUAGUGGUGGCUGGAGUGGUGAUCCUGGCAGUGACCAUUGGUCUCCUUGUCUACUUUUUGGGCUUUGAACGGAAACCAUACAUUUACCAAAGUGACCUUCACAUAAGGAAUGUGGAAUACACAAAUCAGUUGGAAUCACCAACUUCACAAGAAUAUAGAUCUUUAAGUAGAACUAUUGAGAAUUUGAUGAAUAAAACCUUCAAAGCAUCAAAUUUAAGAAGCCAAUUCAUCAGAGCUUAUGUUGCAAGAUUUAGGAGAGAUAAUGAAGAUGUGAUAGCAAAUGUGCUCCUGAAGUUUCAGUUCAAGGGUGCUACCAGUGCAGCAUCAAUGAAGAGAAGAAUCGAGCAAAUUUUAAGGCAAAUACAGAAUAAUGCUGGAUCUUUGACAAUCAGUCUUUUGCCAACAGAAGUUAAACCUAUUGAUCCUGUAGUUGUACAAGAUAUUCUCAUCAAAAGAUGUGGGACCCGCCCUGAACUGAUAACAUUGUCCUUUGAAAGAAUCAUACAAGGAACACAAGCCAGUGCAGGAGACUGGCCAUGGCAAGCCAGCCUUUGGAUCAACAAUGCUCACCGCUGUGGAGCUAUCCUAAUUAGCGACACAUGGCUCGUGACUGCAGCUCACUGCUUCCGAAUCUCCCGUGACCCACGUCAAUGGAGUGUUACUUUUGGAUAUUCCUUAAGAUCUCCAGAAAUAAGAGCAAAUGUGAAGAAUAUUAUAAUACAUCCUAAUUAUAUGGCACCAACUCAUGAAAAUGACAUUGCACUCGUGGAGCUAACUAAUAGAAUUACCUUUAACAAAAAUGUCCACAAGGUCUGUCUUCCAGAGGCCAAUCUGAUCAUCCCCUCAGGAACCAGAGUUUAUGUGACAGGAUGGGGAUCACAGAUAAGUGGUGGUAAUAGUGUUCCCAUUCUUCGUCAAGGUGGGGUCGAAAUCAUAAGCAAUACCGAAUGUAAUUCACCAGAGAACUAUAAUGGACUUAUCACAUCUGGCAUGAUAUGUGCUGGAAUUCCUGGAGGUGGCACUGAUGCUUGUUCGGGAGAUUCUGGUGGACCAUUAGUGCUAGCUGACUCAAGGCAGAUCUGGUCUGCUGUUGGAAUAGUGAGUUGGGGAGAUGAGUGUGGCCUGCCAAACAAACCUGGAGUCUAUACAUACUUGCCAGUCUAUCGUAACUGGAUAAAGCAAGAAACUGGAAUCUAG